AUGACAGUAAUAGCCUUUAUCUCCCAAAAAGGCGGAGUAGGAAAAUCUACUUUAGCCCGUGCCUUGGCUGUCGAGACCAGCAAAGGAAAAUUAAAAGUCCUUUUAGCCGAUUGCGACCCUCAGCAAAGAACUAUAAUUAUUGAUGGACCUGCUCGCACGAGUAGGAGUACUUUGGAAGUUGCCAGACAGGCUAAUUUACUAAUCCAACCUACUAAUGCUGGAGUUGACGAUUUGGAGCCGGCUAUUAAAGAGUUUCAUGGUCUAGUUCAAGCCGGAAUUAAGAAAGAUAAAUUAAUCUUAGUUCUUAAUCACAUCGGCUCCACUAGUGAGGAACAAGUAGCUCGCCAAUAUAUUCAAGUAGCCGGUUAUGAAGUUUUAACUACCGGUUUAGAAGAAAAAGUUAGUUAUCGGCAAGGACAAAAUGAAGGCAAGGCUAUUACUGAAGUCAGUUAUCCUCGUUUACAAAAACAAGCCAAAAAGUUAAUUGAAGAAAUAAUCGAUCGAGGCAACCUGCCCCCCCCCCCCGAGCGAGAGGCCAGCCAAAAUUUGCAGCAGGCAGCAGUUCCUUACCAAAGGACUACUGAUGGUCGCUACUUCCGACGCACGGGACGCACUAUUCAAUUUACCACUCGGGUUACUCCUGACUACGACAAGAUUAUUAGAGAAAUAGCUCACCACGAAAAUUGCCUGUUAGUAGAAAUAUUAGAAAAAUCUCUAGAAUCUUAUU